UUUUUUAUUUUUAUUUUUGCUUUUUUGCUUACUGUACAUUCACGCUCGGAGCCACUCCAAUUCCGAAGGUUAACGUUUUUUUUUUUGACUGACUGGAAGCAACAUGGAGCCUAGCCAUCCGACUGAAGACAAAAUGGAAGUAGCCCAACCAGCAUCACGCGAAGAGCUACACGAAUACUCGCGCAAGCUGGCGAUAGAUGCCAAAGCGCUGGAAGGACCGCGGACCCAGACGGUGCAGGCAUACCAACAGGCUGAACAUGAACUGCAACCUAAAGCACAGCUAGAGAGACUGACGGCCUGUGGCCAAGCCACACACACUGCACUAUGCCCACCGCACUCGAUUAUGGAAAGUGCCAAUACUGAUAAGCCAAGCAUUGUGCCAUGGGACCCGCACAUACGCCAUCCGACAGAGGAAAACAAGAGGGAUUUCCGCAUACCACUCUUCCUGUACAAGUUCCAGAAGAUACUAUAUGCCAAUGGCCUUCAGCCUGACCACCACUGGACCCGACUACUACCCAUAUGUCUCGAGAUCGAGGAGGACCUCUGGCUGCGCACCCACGUGUCAUGUGACUUGAGUUGGAAGCAAGCCAGACAAGCCAUCCUAGACCAUUUAGCCGAUGAAAAAGCCAUGCGCAAGUACUGCAAGGAACUGUUCAGCUGCAGGCAAGAGGCUGGUGAGUCAGCUGCUCAAUUUGCAUGCCGAUUUCGCAGCAUUGCGCUCAAAGCCGGUGGUAAAGAUAAGGACACCCUCCUUAUUAACAGACUGCUUGACCUGUUGCCCGAAAGCAUCAGCUAUAUAUUACUGGCAAGGGGGCACCAAGGAGUCCGAGGCAACACACUCAUUAAUAUCGUCCAGCAGCUCAGGGCCAUGGAUAUUGCAGACAAGCCAACCCCGACUUCGUCAGCACUACUGAAAAAGAGCCCACGCAGAAGGAGCAGGAAUGGUGACAAUGGCAGACAGUGUCAGAAUUUGUGAUUCUCUGAGUGUCUAUAAUCUUUUCUUUCCUCAUCGGGUCCAUAUGCCAUCACAACCAUAGACUCCGAUCCUCCUUUGAGAUCUCUCUCUUCUCCACUCUCGAUUUUCUUCUUAGAACUUCAUUCUCUUCUUAUUCAUAGCUCUAUCUUUUUCUGGCUGCUUACAGCCCGCUCCUUAUUCAAUACAGCAAUUAUCUGGCUGACUCAGCCCAAACCACUCGCUGAAACUCGUCACCUUUCAUCAAUUUAGAUCAUUAUUCAUGUAGUACGGCCAAAGAGGAGGGUUGAAUAAAAGGAACGAAGAAACGACGGGAUGAAGAAUUAAUUAGUUUGCAGUAAUCACAUAUUGAGUUUCUAAUAGCAU